AUGUCGACGCUGCCGCGCGCGCAUGCGCCCGGCGGCGGCGUCGGAGGCGGCAGGACCCGCCGUGCCGGCGGCGGCAGAAGCCGCGAGCGGCCCAGCAGCCUGUACGACAACCUGCCGACGCCGUCGCUGCUGCCGGCGCUCAACACGACGGUGCCGGUCAACGUGGCGGCGCGGCCCGCCGACCUGGCACAGCGGCACGCGCCCACUAGGUCCUCCUUGCGCCACUCGCGGCUCGUCUCCAAGGCCUACCAGCAAGAGCUGGACCCGCAGCGGCCACGAGCGUACCGGUCGCGUCGGCUGGCGUGCGCGCUCUCCGGCCUGGAGCUGCUGCUGGGGCUGUCGGUCUGCAUGCUCGCCCUCUGGCUGCUGCUGUGGGCGCCGCGCAUGCGCACGCGGGACGUGCCCUACUGGAGCGGCGCGCCGCUAUUUCUUUCUGGUCUUUGUGGACUUACCCUUGCAGGAUGUCCAGGGGAUUUUCCAGGUUCAUGUAUAAAGUUCUUCAGGGUAGUGAGCAUUAUCCUGGCAAUACAAGCAGCUUUAUCCUGUUUAGUGGCAGCUAUCCUAUCCAUGAUGCAUCUCAUACUUCUCCACUGGGCACAAUGUGAGCCAGAAAGUGCACUUUCAACAAGCUGUGAAUGUCACACUGAGAUGGCAAACAUUCUAAGGUAUCCUGAUUUGAGCUGCCCAGCAGUUGUGAAUGUACUGGUGUUGCUACUUGUGGGAUCUUGUGCUUCAAACCUGAUGGGAUGCAUUCUAGCUGCUUGGCUGCUGCCCCUGCAUUGGGGCAGAUAUAGAAGUCAUGGCUACCUGCCAGUAGCCAGUCGGCCUCCAAGCUGACACCUGAAAUGAAAUGAAGUAUUAACAUGCUAAAAAUAGACAGUAACACUGUACCAAAAGCUACUCCUGAAGAAUGAAAAUGAUUUGAUGGACUUUUUAGAUAAUUUUUAUGGUGAAAUUUAUAAAAUACAGAAUUACCACUAGACGUUGCAUGGAGAUCUCUCCAGGAUGUAAAUGCUAUAUGUAUGACAGGAUUACAUGUGCAGCUUGUAACAAAUAUUACUUCCCUUUUAAUACCCUGUAGACAAGUAGUUUGGUAAGUGUUAAAACAUCUGUGUUUACCAAUGUCAAUGGACAACAUUACAUAAUUUUAUAUUAACUGGAAAUCAUGCCCAUAUUAGAAUUUCAUGAAUGUCCAUCUAUAAUGCUACAAAUUGUCCUUAAAAUACAGCAGAGUCCCGCUAACCCGAACCCCGAUAAUCCACAUGUUCGGUUAACCCGAACAUUCGGUAAAUCUAAACUAAGUACAGAAAACUGUGUGGUAAACUACUGUACAUACACACUAUUUUAAUUUACACAGUACAGUAAACAUGUAUUAGACAAAUUGGCAAGAAAACAGUUUUUAACAAUUCACAACAAUGAAAGAAAAGCUGUCAAACUUACUAAAAUACAGCGGAUAUUUUAUCCCUACUUUUUAGAUGACAAAAACUCAGCCAUUGUUUUUUAGUGUAAUGAAGACAGUGUGCUAUAUGACGUAUAGUUGUGCCAUUGUCUCAUAAAUAUCAAAUCAGCAGGUGUAGCAGUGGGCUGUUGCUCCGAAUAAUGUAGCACGGAGUCAAAGGCUUCUGCUGCAUCACUGUGUGGCACCAGCUCUCCUUUGUCGCUUUCAGGUUCAUUGUCACUUCUGUCACAGCAGUCCCCUUCUUCCUGGUCUUUAGUCACAGCAGUGUCUGUCAGGUUUUCCACACAUGCCCCAUCCGCUGCCAUCCACUCAUCUACAUCAUCUUCAUUAGCUUCAUCACACCCAGGGAUUGUCUAUCAUUUGUAGUAGCUUCACUCAGUUCUUCUAUCAAUUAGAAAUGGUUGCUUUACCAAUACCCAGUUCUGUUGCCAGUUUAGAUACAUUCGCACCACUGUCUAUCCGCUUAAAAGCAUUCAGUUUUUCUUUGAGAAAUAACAUUGUACGUUUCCGUUUACUCAUGACGAAAAUACAUUCACCACUACACCUGAACGAAUACAAUACAAUACAACUGUUAUGCAUGCAAGCAAUCGAUAUCUAACAUAACCAAGCGCUUUGAAAGCCAACUGACAGUGCACUGACCCAGGACGCUAAAAAGGUUUCAACAAUGCACAACAACAAGGGCAGGGAGUGAGAGUGGGCCAUUGUUCCCAAACUUGUUCCCAUUAGUUACCAUGGUGUACCUACUUAUCUGCUUGGUAUACUUCAUUCUAGAAACUCGUCACCGUAAUCCCUGCUAGUCUGAACAAAUUGAUAAUCUGAACAAGGUCUGCUCCCAAUUAGUUUGGAUUAACAGGACUCUACUGUACCAGAAAAACAUGGAUACCAAAAUAGAAUAUGUAAUUCACAACACAAAUUUCUCUUUUUACAUGACUUAAUGCAUAAAAAAUUUUAAUGUUGCAAUUGAAUUUGCCAAUCUGUUGCUAAAAUAUAUAUAUAUGUAUUUUUUUCAAUUAACUCUUAAGAUUGCAGCCAGGUAAAAUCAUAAAAAAAAAGCUGAUAUUUUGACAGACAGCCUUCCUAUCAUUCUCCCAUGCCUUGAACUACAUUCCCAUCAGCUAUUAGAAUCUCUAUGCUGGAAAGCAUUUACACAUGCAUUUUUUAAAUUUUAUGUACAUUAUGAAAAAGCUACUGACUAUUUGUAUAAAAUAUAGCCCUUAUAUUCUUUCAUAUUGUAAAGAAUUAAUACAGCCAUUAUACAAUAUUUAUUUACUCGUUUACUUAUUGGAGAAGAAGUAUUUCUGAAAGUAUUGCUUCUGUCUGCUUUCUGGAGGGUGUAUUUCGCUUUCAAGUACAGAGGCACGGAAUUUCCUUGAGGGUGAUACAGAAGCCAACCAAAUGAAUACAAGAAGAUUAAUAGUUCUGUUAAAGCUGGUGAGUGAUAGCUUCAUAUUGUCAUCAACAUUACUUCACAUAUUUUUAUAAGAGAACACUGUGUAGCCUCAAUAUAAUACACACAACUUUUUAGUUACAAGUUACUAGUAAAGUCAUCUAAUCAACAUCGAAACACAAAGUCUCCCAUGAGGGGGAAACAAUACAGGGAUCAGACUACAGGAGCAAGAGUUUAGUCAUUUAUUUGGGAGAACUGGGUGUAGAGGUAUACAACGAGGAUAAUCUAUAAUAUGGAAGGUUGAACAAAGAAUAUUGCUGCCAUGAGAGUUGACUGAUCUAAUUUCAUUAACUCAUUAGGGCCAAGGUUUUUUUUUCUACUUGAGAAAUUAAUUUUUUGUCUCAGUUUCUGAGUCUCUGCCACUAACAUUUUUGACAAUGAGGAUUUUUCUGGAGAUAUUUUACAGUCCUUUUUGUUUUGCAUGCUCCACUUUUGGGGACAAUGGUCUUUUUCACAAGUGGCAUUAAUUGGCAAAAUAAGUGUACAUGCUGGACACUCACCAACAGACUGACAAAUGAAUUAUACGCUUUGAAUGAAUGUCCAACUAUGACUUACUGACAUUGAAAUUAGCAUUCCAAUUACCAGGCAUGGACUGACUGCAGUUAUGGGUGCAUAUUACUAAAAUUACAAAUUUUUGAAAUAUAGAAUUAGUAGCUACAUUUUAGUUAUUAACAUAAAAGAUAGAAAUAAUGAAAGAUAAAAAUGGCAAUGAAGUAAGUUUGUUUCCCUAAAAGCUGCAUAACUAGAAAGUGUCAAGAUAAUAGGUACUACUUUAUGAGAGUGACACUUUAAUGUCAACAGGGAUUCUCAAUGUUUGAUAGAAAUUUUCAAGGAGAUGAAGUUUUCUAAUUGGAAAAGUUAACAAAACACAGUCAUUUAAGUAAAAGCACAUAUUCCUGAAAACAGAAAAAUUUGGGCUACAGAACUGUAACACUGAAUUUUUUAAGUAUCAUUUUAACGUAGGAUAUUCACGAACACAAAUUUAAAUCCGAGUACAAAUGUCUUGAAACAUUAAGUGCCCAGGAAAAACAGGAUGCUUACUUGAAAGGGCUUUCAAAUAAGCUGUUUCAAUCUAGAAACAAUUUUCAAUAUACUUGAAUUUUGACAUUCGCAAGGUUUUCAUGAGUAGUAAAUCAUGAACAUUUCUUAAAACAAAAUUUUUCCAUAAGAACUAAACAAACAACUCAUCAGCAGUCAGUAAAUUACAAAGUGAAUAAUGAAUUUUAGUGAAAUACUGGCUGAAAACAAAUUAGUUGCUUUGGGUAGCUAUUGCAUACAUACCACUAAUGAAAAAGAGAUGAGAAAAGUAAAAAAUAAUAGUGUUAUCAAGUUCAGAAUAAGAAUAAGUAUGUUAAGCUCAUCUUGCUCUGUUAGAUACUACAUACAGCAGAACCUAUCACUUACACGGUUUGAACAAUAUACGACUUGUAAUUAAACAGAAUAAUGUUAUCCUCUGAUGCAUGUAUGUAUUAACUGUCAUUCUGGCUGUCAACAAGUGCCAAUAAUGAUAAACUAACAUUUUAUUUUACUACUGAAAAUGUAAUAAUUAUGCACUUUUAACACUUUGCAACAACCUUCUUACACAUGUUUCAAUAAGCAUUGUGGACAAUACCGCGGGCAAUCUGUGUUAAGCAAUCGCUAUAUAAAUGUCACACAGUCAGUCCAUACCAAGAUACCACAGAACACAGUCAAAUGUAUCUCAUCAGACAUUUAUUAAAGUUCUGCAAUAGCGUUAUAUAUGGUCAUUUGUUUAAAGUUUUUUAGCAGACAUUAAUUCUAUGUGGACCAUGUACUACCACCAAUUAUUUUUGUUAUUUAAACUCACUGAAGUCUAUGUGGUUUACUGAUCUAUCUUAUUA